UUUCCCACAAUCCUCCCUCCACUUCCGGCGUGGGCGAGGCGCCGCGCACAGCUUCCGGGUUCGGGCCUGGCGCUGCGGCUGAGGCGGCGGAGGCCGAGGUGGACGCGGGCGGCGGGAGCUGGGAACCGGGAUGGAUGUUUCGGGGCAGGAGACCGACUGGCGGAGCGCCGCCUUCCGGCAGAAGCUGGUCAGUCAAAUUGAGGAUGCCAUGAGGAAAGCUGGUGUGGCCCACAGUAAAUCUAGCAAGGAUAUGGAGAGCCAUGUGUUCCUGAAGGCCAAGACCCGGGACGAAUACCUUUCUCUCGUGGCCAGGCUCAUUAUUCAUUUUCGAGAUAUCCAUAACAAGAAAUCUCAAGCUUCCGUCAGUGAUCCAAUGAAUGCGCUCCAGAGCCUGACUGGUGGACCCGCCACAGGAGCCACAGGAAUCGGCAUGCCUCCCCGGGGCCCAGGACAGUCCCUGGGCGGGAUGGGUGGCCUUGGUGCCAUGGGACAGUUGCCCCUCUCGGGGCAGCCACCCCCUGGGACCUCGGGGAUGGCCCCGCAUGGCAUGGCUGUUGUGUCUUCAGCAACUCCACAGACCCAGCUGCAGCUCCAGCAGGUGGCGCUCCAGCAGCAGCAACAGCAGCAGCAGCAGCAGCAGCAGCAGUUCCAGCAGCAGCAGGUGGCGCUCCAGCAGCAGCAGCAGCAGCAGCAAUUCCAGGCCCAGCAGAGUGCCAUGCAGCAGCAGUUCCAGGCAGUCGUGCAGCAGCAGCAGCAACAGCAGCAGCUCCAGCAGCAGCAGCAACAACAGCAGCAGCAUCUGAUUAAAUUGCAUCAUCAAAACCAGCAGCAGAUACAGCAGCAGCAGCUGCAGCGGAUGGCACAGCUGCAGCUUCAGCAGCAACAGCAGCAGCAACAGCAGCAGCAGCAGGCUUUGCAGGCCCAGCCGCCAAUGCAGCAGCCACAGCCUCCCCCUUCCCAGGCGCUGCCCCAGCAGCUGCAGCAGAUGCAUCACCCGCAGCACCAUCAGCCACCACCACAGCCCCAGCAGCCUCCAGUUGCUCAGAACCAGCCAUCCCAACUCCCACCACAGUCACAGACCCAGCCACUGGUGUCGCAGGCUCAAGCCCUCCCUGGACAAAUGCUGUAUGCCCAGCAACAGCUAAAAUUUGUCCGGCCUCCCAUGGUAGUGCCACAGUCGCAGGCGCAGCCCCCAGUGCAGCAGGCGCAGCCCCCGGUGCAGCCGCAGACGGCGGUGCAGGCAGCUCAGGCUGCCCAGAUGGUGGCUCCUGGAGUCCAGAUGAUCACGGAAGCCUUGGCCCAAGGUGGGAUGCACAUAAGAGCCCGGUUCCCGCCCACCACCGCUGUGUCCACCGUCCCGUCGAGCUCCAUCCUUGUGGGCGGACAGCCCACGGCACAGGUGGGCCAGAGCAGCCUCCCUAUGUUGUCCUCGCCAUCGCCAGGCCAGCAGGUGCAGACCCCACAGUCGAUGCCCCCUCCUCCCCAGCCAUCCCCACAGCCUGGCCAGCCCGGCUCUCAGCCCAACUCCAAUGUCAGCUCCGGCCCCGCCCCGAGCCCCAGUAGCUUCCUACCCAGCCCCUCACCGCAGCCCUCCCAGAGUCCAGUGACAGCCCGCACCCCACAGAACUUCAGCGUCCCCUCACCUGGACCUUUAAACACCCCCGUGAACCCCAGCUCUGUCAUGAGCCCUGCUGGCUCCAGCCAGGCCGAGGAGCAGCAGUACCUGGACAAGCUGAAGCAGCUGUCCAAGUACAUUGAGCCCCUGCGUCGCAUGAUCAACAAGAUCGACAAGAAUGAAGACAGAAAAAAGGACCUGAGUAAGAUGAAGAGCCUUCUGGACAUUCUGACAGAUCCCUCCAAGCGGUGUCCCCUGAAGACCCUGCAGAAAUGUGAGAUCGCCUUGGAAAAACUCAAGAAUGACAUGGCAGUGCCCACACCCCCACCACCUCCAGUGCCACCUACCAAACAGCAAUACCUGUGCCAGCCACUCCUGGACGCCGUCUUAGCCAACAUCCGCUCACCUGUCUUCAACCACUCCCUGUACCGCACAUUUGUGCCAGCCAUGACUGCCAUCCAUGGCCCGCCCAUCACGGCCCCGGUGGUAUGCACGCGGAAGCGCAGGCUCGAGGAGGAGGAGCGGCAGAGCAUCCCCAACGUGCUCCAGGGGGAGGUGGCCAGGCUGGACCCCAAGUUUCUGGUGAACCUGGACCCUUCUCACUGCAGCAAUAAUGGCACCGUCCACCUGAUUUGUAAGCUUGAUGACAAGGACCUCCCGAGUGUGCCCCCGCUGGAGCUCAGUGUGCCUGCCGACUACCCCGCUCAGAGCCCGCUAUGGAUCGACCAACAGUGGCAGUACGGUGGACGCCAACCCCUUCCUGCAAUCCGUGCACCGGCGCAUGACAGCGAGGCUGCUGCAGCUCCCCGACAAACACUCCGUGACCGCCCUGCUCAACACCUGGGCCCAGAGCGUCCACCAGGCCUGCCUCUCGGCUGCCUAGCUGGGACUGCAGGACAGCCAGCAUCCUCUCUGGGCUAUGGACACACCCCUCCCAAUGGACGUUUCUAGGUGUUGGCUUCCUUAGGGAGUCUAGGGUUAGAUUAGCUUUCCUGCUUUUAUCUUCUGCCUUGGGGACCUGCCAAAUGAAAUUCCCACACUGCUCAGAACUGGGACAGAUGGCUGUGGAGCUGGCUGGUGGGGGCCUGAGCUGUCUUCUUAGGUUCUCCAUGUCUCCAGGGAGUCAGACACUGCCCCUGGCCACGAUCCUCAGGCUGCUCUUGUGGACUUUCCAUGGUCUGGGCCCAGGUUUGUGUCCACUCUCAGCAGCGGGAGGGGAGAACUCAGGGUCUUGUCAGAGCAUCUGUGUGUGCUAGAACACACUUCUACACGUCUCCACAGGAGAACGUGGAGGUCAUAGGAAACUCCUAAAACACACGGUUCUCUGACCACAGUUUUGAGUUCAGGCUGUGCCGCUCUUAGCAGUGGGCUCCUAGGUCCUGGGCACAGACUGCGUCUUGGCUGCCUGUCCCUGGCACCCCUUUGCCAUUCUCGGGUCCAGGUGCCAUGUCCCGCUGUGAAGGAGAAAGAGUGAUGUCCUCAGGCCCAGCAUCCUCAGAGCUUCCUGCACUCUGCGCCACUCCAGAGGGUGGGCUCCCAGCUGGGACGGGGCCAUGGGGCAGCAUGGCCCCUCCCUGAGUUGCCUGCCACUCUGGGUGCCAGUCAGCAGCCCUCUGGUCAUGAGGCGUUCCCCUUUUUAUGUGCACUACCCCAUCAGUGGUUCUUACAAUAAAUUUAUUAUUCCUGUGUUUG